AUGAUUCAAAAUAUUAAGAAGAUAGCUCUGCUCUCUGAGCAUGUCAAUCUGCUUACUGCUGAAGUGAAAUCUGAGACAGCAGAUCAGAAAAUGCAGGAUUUUAAGAUACAGAUUGAUCUGACUGAGAGAGAGCAGCAGAAACUCUUCUCUGAGAACAUAGCAGAGAGAGAUUUUGAGAUGAUUAUUAUCUCAGAUAAGAAGAAGAAGAAGAAGAAUAAGAAUAAGAAAUGA